AUGGCUGCGCCGGGCGGUAGUGAGAAGAAGGCUGCCCUGGGGGAUCUGGGGACUGUGUCCUCGCCUGCUAAGGGGGUGCCUGCGACCAUGCCUGCUGGAGGGAGCUCGGCUGCGCAGCCUGUCCUCGUCACCACCCGGCGGCCGAGGAAGGAACCGGCCCUCGAUGCUGUGGGGCCGGCAAAGAAAACUCUGGUGGUCAACAUCUCGGGGGCUCGCAAAGCUAUGCAAGCUCGGUUCCUGGCUGUCGGACUCUUCCUAUCCGUCACGCUAGUGAAUUCCCGUCAACUGAUCGACCACAUGAAGGGCGUUUGGAAGGUUCGUGGGGCGCUGGGCGAACUUCAGUUGGCUGCUAAGGAAGGACGUAAAUUUGUCCUUGAAUUCUCGGAAGAUGGAGAUCGGCAACAUGUCAUCAGGGGCGGCCCAUGGCAGUACCAUGGCGACCCGUUCUUGGUCGUUGGCCUGGAGGCCGGAGCGGACCCUACAUCGGCAGUGUUCUCUCACAUGCCGAUGUGGGUUCAGUUCAGGGAUAUCCCUUUCUACCUCCUCACCAAGGAAUUGGCCCGUAGUCUGGGUGAACAGGUUGGGAAACUAGUGAUGAUUGACCAGCACUCGAGGGGAAACAUUUGCGAAAAAUUUCUUCGUGCAAGGGUGCAACUUCCCCUGUACUCUGCUCUGCUAAAGGAGAUCACCCUGGAGGAUGAGAUCACUGGGGAAGAGGUGCCUGUCUCUUUGCGGUAUGAAAGACUGCCAAAUUUUUGCUUGUUCUGCGGCUUCAUAGGGCAUAUGGAAGCGAGGUGUGACCUUCCUGAGAAUGAGAAGAAACUGAGAUACCCCAAAGAUAUCAGUGUGCGUGCCGUCCACUUUGAUGACCCACGCGCCUGGUUCCUGCCGGACAAGAUGGGAAAACCCAAGAUUGGUCAAGCGGCUAGUUCUCCUUGGCGUGCUCCCAUGCCGUCCAGCAACUCUGCAGUUCAUUGCCCGGCCAAGUCUGCUGAGUCGAAGGCGGUUGAGCAAGUGAGUGAAGUCGUCGCCCGUCUGACGGUGGGUGACAAAAUGGAUACAGUUCCAUCCCAGGAGGACACGAACACCAUAACUGUCAUGGUUGCUGCGAGCCCGGUGGUUGGUAAGGCGGAUGCGUCCCACUCUGUGGAGGCUGGUGGUCUGGAAGGGGAAAACCAUGGUACGCGGGCAAGAGGGAAUGAGAUGAUGAAGACAGCUGCAAAAGAAGUGCAGGUUGCAAACAAAGCAGAAGGAAUUCAGGUGGUGGACAUGGGUUCAAAGCCAGGUUUUGAUACAGAGAAAAAGGGGGGUAAUAAGGGAAAAAAGGAGGCGUCCAAGGGCAACGGAAAAGGUUCUGCGAUCGUUGGCCCGGUGCUGGGUAAAAGAGAGGCUCGUACUCAGGAAGGGUCAGAGUAUGCUGGUGCAAAGGAGGAUGGGGUUGUUUCUGAUCAGAACAAGAAGAAGAAAGAGGCUGGGCAAGCGGAUGGAAUGAGCAACAACGGCACGGAUGGAGGUCAGGAAGCUACCGGGCCUGGGGCUCCCGGUCUACUGGUGGGUGCGACGGACAGCACUCGCCAGGAGCCAUGA